GUGCAACUAGUGGUGGUUUUUUUUAAUUUUAGGAUCAAGCAGCGAGCAAACGCACCCGAGUCGAAAGGUAUUUAUUCUAACGACGACAAAUAAUACACGAUAAAGGUAAUGGAUCUGGUCGCUGCGAUUGACCAGGGCACUAGCUCAACGAGGUUUCUGGUGUUCAAUGCUAAAACUGCAGAAGUGAUCAGUCACCACCAAGUGGAAAUCAAACAGAGUUUUCCCAAGGAGGGAUGGGUGGAAGAAGACCCCAAAGAGAUCAUGCAGUCCGUCUAUGAGUGCAUAGAGAGGACUUGUGAGAACCUCAGCCAACGCAAUAUAGAUAUCGUCAACAUAAAAGCGGUGGGAGUGACCAACCAGAGGGAGACAACCCUGGUUUGGGACAAAGAAACAGGAGAAGCCCUCUACAAUGCCAUCGUUUGGCUGGACUUGCGCACACAGCCGACAGUAGAGAGGCUCAUUAACAAGGCCCCAGGGAGAAGCAAAAACCACCUUAAGCACAAGACCGGGUUACCCAUCAGUACAUAUUUCAGUGCAGUGAAGUUGCGCUGGCUGCUGGACAACGUGGAGGAAGUGCAGGAGGCUGUCAUGAACCAGCAGGCUAUGUUUGGCACAGUGGACUCCUGGAUCAUAUGGUGUCUUACAGGGGGAAAGAAUGGAGGAGUUCAUUGUACAGAUGUCUCCAACGCUAGUCGGACCAUGCUUUUCAACAUCCAUGCCAUGGACUGGGAUCCUGAACUCUGCAGGUACUUUGAUGUCCCAAUGGAAAUCCUCCCCAAAGUCAGGAGCUCCUCUGAAAUAUAUGGUUGGAUGAAAUCCAGCUCUCUUGCCGGGGUGCCAAUCUCCGGGUGUCUAGGUGAUCAGUCGGCUGCCCUGGUUGGUCAGAUGUGCUUCAAAGACGGUCAGGCCAAAAACACCUACGGGACUGGCUGCUUCUUGCUCAGACACACAGGGGUAAAGCCUGUUAUGUCUGACCACGGCCUCCUUACCACAGUUGCCUACAAAAUGGGGAAAGACCAGCCUGCUUGCUAUGCUCUUGAAGGUUCAGUGGCCAUUGCAGGGGCAGUGGUGCGGUGGCUGAAGGAUAACAUGGGGAUUGUCCAGUCAACCUCUGAGAUUGAGAAACUGGCAGCUGCUGCAGGCACUUCUUAUGGCUGCUAUUUUGUCCCAGCCUUCUCUGGGCUCUAUGCCCCCUACUGGGAGCCCAGUGCAAGAGGAAUCAUCUGUGGACUGACUCAGUUCACCAACAGGAACCACUUGGCUUUUGCUGCCCUGGAAGCCGUAUGUUUCCAGACAAGAGAGAUCCUUGAUGCCAUGAACCAGGACAGUGGCAUCCAUCUGAGCCAGUUGCAGGUGGACGGGGGAAUGACCUCGAACAGGCUACUGAUGCAGCUGCAGGCUGACAUACUCUGCAUGCCCGUGGUGCGACCGACCAUGUCUGAGACCACAGCCCUGGGUGCUGCAAUGGCAGCGGGGGCAGCGGAGGGUGUGGAGGUGUGGAGCCUGAGCCCCGAUAAUCUUCCAGACAUUGUGUCGGAGAAAUACAAGCCCCAGAUAAACUCUGACGAGAGCGAGUAUCGCUUUGCUCGCUGGAAGAAGGCUGUCGAGAAAGCAAUGAACUGGGAGACAACUGAGCCCUGCUGCAACGCCAACGGCUUAGGGAAGAAGAUGAAUGGAGCUCCUUGGGGGGUGCCUCCAACCCCUCCCCCCACCAGAGUGGACCCCUAAGAUCACCAGUAGCUCAACCUGGGUGCAAGACCACCAUGGAAGCAUGGACAGUAUCAUGGAUGGAAACUUGAUGUAAAUGUGCUGAAAGUGAACAUAAGCCUGAAUGGCUGCAUUGAAGUGGUACGCGGUUGUUUCUUAGGUGACGCUUGGCACGCCGACUGCACCGUUUUGAGUAGACUACCUGGACCUUUCUCGAAAUGUUUCUUCACGGACAAGCCCUUCACUGUGACGUUAUCCUCAAGUGCCAUCGUAAGCGAAAGUAACACACUGUUGGUACUCUUUUAUAGCUUGUUGUCAGAUAGAUUAAGAAAAAAAAAAAAGGACCAUGUCAAGUCUGGUUCUACACUGAUGAGCCAAAACAUUAUGACCACCUGCCUAAUAUUCUGUUGGUCAUCCGUGUGCCGCCAGAACAACACCGACCUGCCGAGGCAUGGACUCUACAAGACCCCUGAAGGUAUUCUGUGGUAUCUGGCACCAAAACAUUAGCAGCAGAUCCUUCAAAUCUUAUAAGUUGCGAGGUGGAGACACCGUGGAUGGGGCUGUCGGUCCAGCAUCCCACAGAUUGUUCAAUCGGAUCAAGAUCUGGAGACCAGGGCAAAACUUUGAAGACUUACUCAUGUUUUUCAAACCAUUUCUGAACAAUGUGUGGCAGGGUGCGUUAUCCUGCUGAAAGAGGCCACUGCCAUCGUCAUGUACCUCAUCUGCAACAAUAUUUCGGUAGGUGCCACGUAUCAAAUUGACGUCCACAUGAAUGGCUGGACCCAGGGUUUCCCAGCAGAACAUUGCACAGAGCAUCACACUCCCUCCACCAGCUUGCUGUCUUUCCACAGUGCAUCCUUGUACCAUUACUUCCCCAGGUAAACAUUGCACAUGUACAUGGCCAUCCACGGGAUCUAAAAGAAAAGGGGACUCAUCAGACCAGGUGACCUUCCACUUCUCCAAGGUCCAGUUCCUACACUCUUGUGCCCAUUCUUAGGCGCUUUGGAUGGUGGACAGGGGUCAUCAUGGGCACUCUGACCAGUCUGUGGCUACGCAGCAGGGUGCAAAGCACUGUUGUGACACAUUCCUCCCAUAACCAUCAUUAAAAUUUUCUGUGACUUUUGCCACAGUAGACCUUGCUCCAGUUUGGACCAGACGGGAGCGCCUUCAUUGCCCUUUUGCAUCAAUGAGCCUUGGGCGCCUAACACCCUGUUGCUGGUUUGUCCCUCCUCGGACCACUGUCAGUAGGUACUCAUCACUGCUGACCAGGAGCACCCCACAAACCUUGUUGUCUCAGAUGCUCUGACCCAGUCGUCUGGCCAUAACAAUUUGGUCCUUGUCAGAGUUGCUCAGGUCUUUACUCCUGCAUCCAACACGUUGACUACGACACCUGAUUGUUUUCCUACCAUCUAAUCUACCCAGACCUUGACAUAUGCCCUUGUUUGAAGAUGAUCGUUAUUCGGUUAACCUUGAGUGGUCGUAAAGUUUCGGCUCAUCAGCAUAUAUACUCUUGUUGUCCAGACCAUUCAGUGAUUCAAAGGAAAAACUGAAUCUUUAGUUUCCACUAAAAAAAAAAAGUUCGUUAUGCCUUAUCUAUGUAACUAAGUGGCUCAGCUUGCAUUUUUUUAACACUGAUAUUACAAUUUUAACUAUAUCCUUUACUCGCACCAACUUUAGCCUUGAACAUCUGUUAAGAAAUGUUGGUGACUUGACCAUGGUUGCUGCUUGUCUAAUCACGUCCUAUGAACUGGGGCCUGAAACCCUGUGGGAAUGACUUUUUAGCUUGGAAUUAAAGGCUUCUACAAGAUAACUUAACUAUACUAACUUUGCAAAAAGAAAAAAAAUCAUAGCUGAAUUUUAAGCAAGCUGAGAAAAUGAAACUACCCCGUACCUUUUGAUAAAAUUUAGACAUGGAGCCUUUUAAUUCCAAGCUUGUAUGCUGCAGGCUCUUUACAGCACUUUAUCAUUUGUCGUGAAUCCACUGAUUGCUUUUACGAAGGCAUUUCAAUUAAUGUCGAUGCAAAGAAGAUGGGUGAAGGGUAACUUGAAAAAUAUCAUAUAUAUAUAUAUAAGGCAAACAUCUCAAUCCUGUUAAGACUCAACUUUUUAAAACGGAAAUUUUAAAGGUUUUUCUCCCCUCAUGAGGACAGAGGGAGGUAGAUCCUGUGAGUAAUCAGCACAGGAUUUGGACCUUUCACUGUGGUUUUAAAAGAUUUACUUGACUACGUAAGGAUAUGUAGACAAGUUC